CAUGUGGGCCUCCGUAGAUUUUUAAACACGAACGAAAGAAGACGGAGUAUAUUAAAACACGGAACUUUCCAACAACUUAUAUUAAGUGCAGAAUUGGAAGCGAACGUCAUCUUGGAACAUAUUUGAAAACGCUUGGUUUGCCGUUUCAAACCGACGGACUGUUCAACAACACACCCGCUCAUUGGCUUCCGGUUCUGCAGCUUCCUGCCAAGUCGCCUCUGACUGGCUAAGAGGUUUCCACGACAACGGAUCCACUCACGAGUGUCAGAGGCGUUAGGAUCUGACACAGACAGUCACUGUCUCACCCUUUGUCUCAGGAAGCCCACUCAUCUCCAAAAAGGUUAUGCAAUUAUUGUAACACGAGUGUGAAAUUGUUUUUGUGGCGCUCAAUCAAUCCAAUCCAAUCCAACUUUAUUUAUAAAGGACUUAAAAACAACAGCUGAAACGGAUGCUGUACGUCAGAGAUAAAUAAAAUAAAUAGAAUAUAGAAAUAUAAUAGCUAAAAUACCUAAAAAACAAACAACAAAACAGACAAUAAAACACUGUAGACUCUGAUCUGCAGGACAGUGUUUGCUCAGCUGUGAAAACCUUCUGUUUUACUGUGUUUUCAUUAUAUUGCAGCUGUCAUUCUGAUCCCCUGAACACCUUUAUUCUGGAGUGUCUCAGAGACCUGUUCAGAUCAAGAUUAUCAAGCAUCAUUGUCUGUGUCUUUGUUCCGCAAGUGACCAGGCUGUGCCUAUAUGUGGACAUUUACUGUUGCUCCCAUGAAGAAGUAAUUUACGGGUAAAUAACCUGUGGAGGGUAAACUGAGGAGAUGGGGAAUCGCUUCGAUUGCACGAACCUAGUUCCUCUGAGGUCUGAGGGCCAGGACUCUAUGACUCACUGUCUCAUUUUGACUCCAACUUGAGACCAUUUAUCCAUUUAUGAGACUAAUAUGCAAGGUGAGCAUCAUCUGUAGAAGCUGCUUAGUGACUAAUUUUCUCAUGAUAAAGCCAAAGCUGUGUGAGCUCUUUAGUAACACACCGUUUAUUUGAUGCUUUGUUUUCAUAGGCUUUGUGUCUUACAGUGGUGGCUGGAUACUUGAAUUUAAGAAACAAAACAUUUUUCUUCUGCUUCUGUGUACAUUUGUGCUUCUUUGUCUGCACAUAGUUGUCACAGUGAAUUUUAAGUCCUUGGCAAAACUCACCUCCAGUAACAAAUGAGAAUCCUUUAUAAGGCUUGUGAUUUAUUAGACCUGUGCUUUUUUCCCAUUUUACAAUGGCCUUGUCAUUUUUUACUACACAGGUGUUUCCUCUUAUAAGCCUCCGCUCCCCAUUUACGUUGUCAUUUUUUACUCUCUGCUGAUUCAUUUUCACAGACACCCCUUCCUUGAAAGAGUUUAUGGGGAGAGGAGGUGCAGACUCCACCACAGAGAACUUUGAAACUUACUUGCUGUAGUACAUAUGCCAGGCCUGCAUGUGGUGCUGUAACGCUGCCGCAAACAAAUUACCAAAUAUUGAGAAGAAGACGUGGAAUGUGGGUUCUAUGCCAUCAUUUUCCAAAAUUUGUAUUUUAGUGCUUCAAAAAAGCUUGUUCUGUGGGGAGAUAUGAGGUGGAGUAAAAGUAAAAGUUGCUAGAAAUAUAAAUAACAAAGUAAAGUACAGAUACAUGAUUUUGUACUUAAGUACAGUAACAUUACGUUACAUUACAACACUGCAAAUAGCAAACCGCAAGAGAGGGGGCGUGACUACAAGUGGGCGGGACUAUACGCACUCAAGUUGUAAAUCAUUUUGUAGCCCCACCCACUCCAGCACCAGGGACAGAGACAGUCGCUGCGUGACAGUGUGAUCAGAGCAGCAGUGAUUCUGUCAUUCAAACUUUUUUUUAAAGCUUUUUUGUUUAUAUCAUCACUAUUUUCAUCUACUCUGUACAAAAGAACUAUCAUUAUUUCACAUCCACGUUAUGUACAAGCAGCACAGACGAACCCUCCUGUCCUUGUUUAGCAUUCACGCGCUGCACUCUCACGUCACUAACGAGACUGUUCCAUCGGACGGAAUUACCCGCAUCACUCAAUGAAAUACAAUUAUUGAUUACACUGCUCCCCUCCCUCUCUCUCCCUCCCUCCUUUACCUCCUCCAUCCCUCCCUCUCUCCUACCACCACCACUCUCUCUCCCUCGCUCCUUCUUUUCCUUAAGUGCUGCAGCGCGAAGACUGCAUCGAAAAAAAGAGAGCGGAAGGAGUCUGAGUCUGGUGCAAUGGGUUUCUGUGAGCUCUGUCCCCUCUUCUCACCAUAUAUGACGCCUAGCCGAUGAUUGCCACAGCCAUUGUGGUUUAUCUCCUGUGGUGACUGCAGACUCAAGAGUUUCCUUCCCUGCUGCAUCUUGAGACACAUUGAUCUCAACAUUCCCGCAAUCCUCCUGUCAGCUGACUCCUGCCCUUCUUCUUCCCUCUUUCAUUCUACUCCUGACUGUCUGCUGAAUCACUGUGAAACUCACCUGCUCACGGACCCAGAAUGGAAGACACCUACAAUAACAGGACUUCUCUGGCUAAAGGGGCCAAAGACAUCGUGAAGGAAGCCAAGCGCCAUGCGGCGAAGAAAGUCAACAAGGUGGUGGACCGCGCAACAGACGAGUACUCAUCCCAUCACAACUACAGCCGAUUCCAAGAUGAGGAGGACGAGGGUGACGAUUUCUACCGGAACCCGCCCCGGCAGGACGGAGAGGGCUACCAUGACAACGAGGAAGGGUCCAGCGAUGCCACAGAGGGCCACGACGACGAGGAUGAGAUUUACGAGGGCGAAUACCAGGGUAUUCCCUCAGCAGGAGACAGAAAACAUAAGGAGGGCCAGGUGGCAGUGGGGCAGCCGGUGUCAGACGCCACGAGGGACCGUAAGGAUCUGGAGCAGGAGAGACAGGCUGACGAGGAGGAGCUGGCCCAGCAAUACGAGCUCAUCAUCCAGGAGUGUGGCCACGGGAGGUUUCAGUGGCAGCUGUUCCUCGUGCUCGGGCUGGCGCUCAUGUCAGACGGAGUGGAGGUGUUUGUGGUGGGCUUCGUUCUGCCCAGUGCAGAGACAGACAUGUGUGUCCCCAACUCCAGCUCAGGAUGGUUAGGAAGCGUUGUUUACCUGGGAAUGAUGGUCGGAGCGCUCUUCUGGGGAGGGUUGUCGGACAAAGUGGGCCGCAGACAGUGUCUCCUGAUCUGCAUGUCCACAAACGGCUUCUUCGCCUUCCUGUCGUCUUUCGUCCAGGGAUACGGCCUCUUCCUCCUGUGCCGUCUUUUCGCCGGCUUCGGAAUAGGGGGCGCUGUGCCCAUCGUUUUCUCCUUCUUUGCAGAAGUGUUGUCCAGGGAGAAAAGAGGAGAACAUCUGAGCUGGUUGUGUAUGUUCUGGAUGAUUGGAGAGAUCUAUGCAUCAGCGAUGGCCUGGGCCAUUAUACCCCACUAUGGCUGGAGCUUCAGCAUGGGUUCAGCAUACCAGUUCCACAGUUGGAGGGUGUUUGUGGUCGUGUGUGCCCUCCCCUGUGUGUGCGCUGUGGUGGCGCUGACGUUCAUGCCCGAAAGCCCCAGAUUCUACCUUGAGGUGGGGAGGCACGAUGAAGCCUGGAUGAUCCUCAAACAGAUCCAUGACACCAACAUGAGAGCGCGUGGGCAACCGGAGAAAGUCUUCACGGUAAACAGGAUCAAGAUUCCCAAACAGCUGGAUGAACUGGUUGAAAUGGAAUCAGAAUCUGGCAACCCAGUUUCCAGGGUUUUCUUUAGGAUGAAGGCAGAACUGCAUGGGAUCUACCACAAUCUGAUGAAGUGCUUUAACUACCCUAUGCGAGAGAACAUGAUGCGCCUGGCCCUGGUGUGGUUAACGCUGUCAUUUGGGUAUUAUGGCCUGUCAGUCUGGUUCCCCGAUGUCAUUAAACACCUUCAGGCAGAUGACUACGCCUCCAAAGUGCAGAUCCACAACAAUGAACGCAUCGAGGACUUCACCUUCAACUUCACCCUGGAGAACCAGAUUCACAAAAAUGGCCUCUUCAUUAAUGACCGGUUCAUAAACAUGAAGCUUAGGUCCGUCACCUUCAUUGACUCCACCUUUCGUAACUGCUACUUUGAUGAUGUGAAAUCCGUGGGCUCCUUUUUCCGCAACUGCACCUUCAUCGAUGCAUUCUUCUUCAACACAGAUAUCGACGAUUCCAAGUUGAUAGACGGCACAGAAGUGGUCAACAGCACGUUCACGCACAACAAGACGGGAUGUCAGAUGACGUUCGAUGACGACUACAGCGCCUACUGGGUUUACUUCAUCAACUUCCUCGGGACUCUGGCUGUUCUGCCCGGCAACAUCGUGUCCGCCCUUCUUAUGGACAAGAUUGGCCGUCUGUCCAUGUUAGGUGGCUCUAUGGUGCUUUCAGGCAUCAGCUGUUUCUUCUUGUGGUUUGGCACCAGUGAGUCCAUGAUGAUCUUCAUGCUGUGCCUUUACAACGGCCUGAGCAUCUCUGCGUGGAACUCCCUGGAUGUGGUCACCACUGAGUCAUUCCCAACCGUCAGAAGAGGAACAGGGUUUGGGUUCUGCAAUGCUCUUUGUAAGCUCGCCGCCGUCAUGGGGAACCUGAUUUUUGGCUCUCUUGUGGGCAUCACCAAGGCCAUUCCCAUCCUCAUGGCGUCGUCUGUGCUCGUCGGUGGAGGCCUGGUUGCACUCAGGUUACCUGACACUCGAGCAAACGUCCUCAUGUAACACCAGCUUCGUCCACUGGGGUAAAACCUGGAUAAAACCUGGGUGAAUCUGAGAGGAAGCCCAGGGAGAGCUGGGUAAGAAAUGCAAACGGCUUGGUUCAUACAUUCACACCUGCGGUCACAUUAAGUGAAGCUGGGAAACAUACCACAUUUUCAAAGAGUGUUAUCACACGACAGAGCUGGCGGUUCGCAGUGGUUUGGACACUGGGACUUUGGUAGUAAGGUGUUUUUUCAGUGACUUCUUGCACCUUCAGGCCAAAAUCUUGUACUGAGUCACUGCGCAGUUAAAGCUCCAAGCUUUCAUUAUUGAUGGAGUCUUAUUAAGACGAGCCAGAUGGGGAGGAAAGUGGAAAAACAAGCUGUAAUGAGCGCAGCGAACCUGCUGUUUGACAACAUCAGGAAUAGAUGAUCAGACAGAGGAGACACACGACGCACCAGCGUGACAGCUGGCUUCCCCGCAGGACCCCACAGUCACAGGGCUACAUGUUGUAGACGGUGCACAGACAGUCAAACAUACAUAAAUACAUAAAAAGCUACAGGUAUUUUUCCCUCAUUGGCCACUUUAUUAGGUACAGAGGACACAGUGUGGUCUCCUGCUGCUGUAGAAGACCAUGUUCUUCAAGGUUGUAGGCAUGGCAUGUUCCUGUAAUGCGUGACAUCUGCUCGUUAAAGAUGACUUUCUGUAUUUUCUCUGACCUGAGAGAUGAUUGUGUGUGGUAAUCCCAGCAGAUUAACAGUCUCUAAAAAUACUCGAUGUCCAUAUCUGCAAGCCCAAAAUGUGUUGACUCGUGUGACGGGCUGAUUAGAUAUUUUCAUUAACGUG